AUGGCAUCUGAAUGCACCAGCAAUUUUACUACUCUGCCAGGCUGUGCAGACCAAUUGACAAACUGCAAAGCUAAAGAUUUCUUACAGGUGAAACUCUUUCUCUCCAUCCUUUACAGCCUAAUCUUCCUGUUGUGCUUCCCAGGGACCAUAGUGACGAUUUUUGUUUAUUUUGUCAAGAUGAGGCCCUGGAAAAGCAGCACCAUAAUUAUGUUAAACCUGUCUGUCACUGACCUAUUAUAUGUAGCCACACUCCCUUUCUUUAUACACUACUCUGCUAAUGGAAAUAACUGGAUUUUUGGAGACUUCAUGUGCAAGUUUAUUCACUUCUGUUUCUACAUCAACAUGUACAGUGGUAUUAUCUUUCUUACCUGCUUCAGCAUCUUCCGCUUUUUUGUAGUUGUCUACCCAAUUAAAUUCCUUUUUCUUCAAAAACGGACAUGGGCAGUGGUGACUUGCAUAGUAGUUUGGACGAUUUCCCUGCUGGCCAUCAGUCCCUUGGGCAUCUUGAUUGCCACGAAGCAUACACGGAACAGGACAAUCUGCCUGGAUCUGGCUGCCGCUGAGGACCUUGACACUAGUCGUUGGUACAACUGGCUGCUGACUGUCUUGGCCUUCUUCCUGCCCUUGCUGAUGGUGACUCUGUGCUAUGUGCUCAUUAUUUAUACCUUGGCUACUGGGCCCCACACACAGGCUUUCUACAAACAAAAGGCUCGCAGACUCGCUGUUGUCCUCUUGGUGGUCUUCUAUGUGUGCUUCCUUCCCUUCCAUGUCUUUCGAGGGAUUCUGUUGGAGCUCCGGACACGACCGGUUAGCUGCCGCUUGAAGAACACAAUCUAUUUGAUGUUGAUUAUAUCUAAACCUUUAGCAGCAUUAAAUACUUUUGGAAACCUAGUGCUCUAUGUAGUGACAGGAGACAACUUCCAGCAGGCAAUCCUCUCUCUCCUCAAAUUUCGGACAAACAAGAACUUGAAGUAG